ACGGGCUCGCGUGCAGCACGCCACGUUGGAAGCUUGACGGGUCGUCGCAUCUCGCCGGAGUUCACCGGACCUCCCCGUCUGUCGUUUUGCCCGAGGAACUUCCCUGUUUACGCUCGCCCGAAUUACGAGCCAAGAUGAAAGUCAAGGAACUGCUGAAGACAGUGAACGUAGCAUGGUCCCCGUCAGCUCAGCAUCCCAUCAUGCUGGCUGCUGGGACAGCGGCGCAGCAGUUGGACGCCAGUUUCAGCACUUCUGCCAGUUUGGAUUUGUACUCGCUGAAUCUACAGCAGCCAGGAUACGAGAUGGAGCUUCAGGCCAGUGUGCCUAGCGAUCAUAGAUUUCACAAAAUCAUCUGGGAAUCCUAUGGGAAUAAUCCAGCAGGCAUAAUUGUCGGUGGUUGUGAGGAUGGGACCAUAAAGAUCUAUUCUGCUACAAAGUUAUUGGCCAGGGAGAGUAAUUGCCUGAUAAACAGUCCUCACAGACAUGCCGGUCCUGUCAGGGCAUUGGAUUUUAAUCCCUUUCGAGAAGAAAAUCAGCUGGCUACAGGCGCGACGGAAAGCGAGAUCUUUAUUUGGGAUAUUAAUACAAACACGCCAACAACCCUUUCUCGAAGCCAGCAGUCAGAAGACGUUCAGCAUAUUGCAUGGAACAAACAAGCACAUUUAAAAGACAUUCUUGCUUCCACAUUUUCCCAGUGCUGCGUUAUAUGGAAUGUGAAAGAAAAGAAGCCGAUAUUUAAACUGACAGAUGCAAAUACAAGGGUACGCUGGAAAAUUGCCCAAUGGCACCCAGAUAUUGGAACGCAAUUGUGUUUAGCAUCUGAAGAUGAUCAAACACCUAUCAUUGAAUUAUGGGAUGUAAGAGUUCCAACAUCGCCUUUAAAAACUCUACAAGGUCAUCAGCGUGGCGUUCUUUCAAUCGCAUGGAAUCCACAGGAUGCUGACUUACUCUUGAGUUGUGCUAAAGAUAACAGAAUCUUGUGUUGGAAUCCCAACUCAAAUGCAUUGAAUGGUGAGGUGAUUUGUGAGUUAGCCCAAACAGCUCAAUGGAACUUUGAUGUGUCUUGGUGUCCAAGAAAUCCAGGAUUAAUUGUUGGCAGUAGUUUUGAUGGUCAUGCUGUUGUCUAUUCUUUAUUAGGUGGACAACAGCAAGAGACAGCCAACAAAAUAGCGGAUUCAUUCCCAGGAGUGGAUCCUUUCACCCAAUCUACAGUACAAACAGGAACGACGGCAGUAUUAACGAAAGCUCCUAAGUGGUUGAAAAGGCCAUUUGGAGCAUCAUUUGGAUUUGGUGGUAAAUUAGUGAUUUUCGAAAAUCAGCCUGCUGAUCCGAAUAUAGCAAACAAGAAAGCGAGUAGAAAGGUUAUUAUAUCACAAGUAAUUAUACAACCCAGUCUUAUUCAACGUUCCAACAAACUAAAAGCAACGCUGGAGACUAAGCAAUUCAGUGACUUUUGUACGGAAAAGAUGGAUAAGUCUCCAGAUGAACAUACCAAGAAAAUCUGGAGAUGUGUACGUGCUUACUUUGAUGAAAAUGUGACAAAGAGUAUAUUGGAGUUGUUGGGUUACAAUACCGAGACAAUGAAUAAUAAGCUGAAUCAGUUUGUGCCUCAGGAUGAUAUAAAUAAUAUUGUAGAGGGUGUCUCUAAUCUUAAUAAUGUAUUAAAUGGUAAUGUUAUGGUCAGUAGUACUGCCUUUGAUCCUAUUGCACAACAGCAAAGUAAACAAGUACCGGCAAAUAAGCCUGCAGAUAGUACUUACAUCAUAAAUACUUCUGAUGAUGAAGAUGGUCUUAUCACUCAAGCCAUUCUCUUAGGAAAUAUUGAGGCCGCUGUAUCUUUGUGUUUUGCUAGCAAAAGGUACGCCGACGCUAUAAUUCUUUCGAUGGCUGCUGGUCCUGAUCUACUAGCACGUACCCAAUACAAAUACUUUUUGGAGCACUCUAGUGCAUUAAAUUCUCUCAUCAAUUCAUUAGUUAGUGAAAAUUGGGCUGAAGUUAUUAAGAACAGUGAUAUAAAGUGUUGGAAGGAAGCACUAGUUGGUAUAUUUACACAUUCCACUACUCAAGAAGAGCGAUCUGCCUUGUGCGAUAUGCUUGGUGAUCGCUUGGUACUAUGUGAAAAUCCCGUUCUUAAAAAGCAAGCACAAAUUUGUUACAUUUGCUCUGGCAAUUUGAAUAAAUUAAUUGAAGUGUCUGAUGCUGAUAUUCAAGAAGUGGUAGAACUGAUCGUAAUAAUGCAAAAAGCUUUGGAACUCCAUCAAGGUAUCAGAGAAGUUCCGAUAGAGGAUAAAAUUGCCACUGUGCUGUCUCAGUACGCUGAGAUGCUGGCGGCAGAAGGGGAUCUAGAAGCUGCCUUGAAUUAUCUUGGGAACAGUCAAGAGCAAAGAAUUUCGAUGCUGCGAGAUCGUUUGUGCAAAGCUUUAAGUUACAUGCAAGAACAGAGGCAUGUUACAAAACCUGCAGCUCAGAAUUACUAUUAUGAACAGCCACGAAGAGUGUCGCAAGGUCUGCUGCAGCAGCCAUUACAGCAAACAGCACCUUCAGUCCAGAAUUGGAACACGACUCCACUAAAGCAAACUUAUGGAGCUCCUACAAAUCAGUUAACUCAGCCGUCUCAGCCAUCUCAGCCGUAUGGAAUGCCCCCUCCUCCCCUUCCUCAAGCGCAAUCUACAAUUUACGAUCAAUAUUCUACAUCACACCCGUACAAUCAAAUCCCAGCUCAGCCUCUUCCUCCGCCUCCACCGACAUCCAGUUCUAACUUGAGUGGCUCAAGACCAUCCAGCGUUGGACCGCAAUCGAGAACGAAAUAUUUGAUAGAUCCUUCUGUGCAAUCCACUCCGUCAUAUGGUCAGAGCAAUUUUCCAUCGUCAAAUCCAUCGUACAAUUCUCAGCAAGUCCCACCUGUUCCUGGUUACCCUCAGCAAAAUUCGUAUCAACCUCAGGUUCCUGUGCCGGGUAACGUCUAUCCCAAUCAACCGCCAAGUUUUAUGAAUACUCCUAAAGAACCGGAACCGUACAAGCCGCUUCAGCCGAACAUAAUGUCGCCGUUGCAAAAUGUGCCACAGACCCAAAUGUACGAUCCUAUUAGAUCGCAGCCUACUUCACAAACGCAAACAUACGGGAGUGAAAAUGCGUAUCAAAUGCCGCCGCAAUCGUCUGGAUGGAACGAUCCGCCCAUUGCGAAAAGUUCCAGACCACAGCCAGUACUAGCACUAUACAACGAAAUGUCUGCGGAACAUUCUGGUACUAAGAAGUGGAAGGCAAAACAUUCAAAGGGUGUAGACGUUAAGCCGAAGACAGAUUAUCAACCACAAAAUCCAAUAAUGCAUCCAUUGCAAACUAAUCAACCAGAAUCGAGUCCAUUACCUCAAGACAAUUUCUAUCAAGAACCUCCCCUUUAUAAUUCGCAAUUCAGGCAAGGUGUGUCGAAUACGGUACCAUUUAACAAACCAAUUGAACCGUUACAACCUGCAAUGCCUGCGAGGGUGGCGGAACCUGAGAAACCUAAAGCACCUAUACCCGAGCAACAUAUUCAUUUAAAAACAAUAUUAGAUGAAUUAAAAAAUCAAUGCUAUGAAACUGCGAAGAAUCCGCAAAUCAAAAGGAAGAUAGAAGAUGUGUCAAAGAAAUUGGAAAUGUUAUACGAUUGCCUUAGAGAGAAUAAGUUAUCUCAGAAUACCUUGCAAGGCUUACAUCAGAUAUCACAGAUGAUUCAAAAUGGCAAUUAUACAGGCGGAUUAGACUUACAUACGCAAUUAGUGUCAGGACCAGAUUUUAGUCAAAUAGCUUCCUUUAUGCCUGGAAUUAAAGUAUUACUUCUAAGUGCCCUUCAAUUGAGCGUUUACAUUAGAUAGAAUGCCCAAAAAUCUAAAUUGUUCAUAUAUUCAUUAUGAAUUUUUAUAAUUCUAAACAGCCUUAACAAGAGAAUUAUUUGUUAUAUUAACUUUGUAUAAUAAUCUCGAUAGUGAGUAAUUAAUAAUGUAGCAUAUAAUUAUACCCAUAAUCAAUUACACAUUAUUUGUUAAUCAAAUUUCAUAAACCCUGCUUUGAAAAUUAUAUUUUAUCAAUUAUCAAUUAUAAGAGUAAUUUUACAUUAUUUUUUUAGUUAUUAAUCUUAUUAUUAAAGAUAUAUAUUUGUAAGAAAUUAAGAUAUUUACAGAAGACGUCCAUAUAAAAAGAUUUAAAGGCAAAAUGUUAAGACUUUUGGAUACUCGCCGCUUCUAUUUUUGUUUGAUGACAACAGAAAUGACGAGUACCCGGGAGCCUUAAGAAAAAUCUUGUUUUAAUCAUAUGUAUAUAUAAUUAUAAUAUUAAAAUCUAUUAUAUGAGAAAA